GCACUGCACUGCGCAGCCUCCGGAAUCCACCUUCUUCUCCUUCUUCUUCUUCUUCAUCCUAAUUGUACAUUUUGGAGGCUGCCCGGGUCGCCGCCUUGCCGCUGAUGCUGUUCUGAGCCGAGCCUUUCGUCCUCUGGACGCCGCUUUCCGCCACGCUCGUGUCCGUGCCUGUUGCUUCGCUUCUCAUCAUACACAAGAACAUAUAAUUACCCCUUCGCCAAGCCUUUUCCUGCUCCCAUUCCAUUGAUUCAUCUGCACCCAUCAGCUGCCUCGAAGAGCCUUCAACCACGGCAGACCCGAUGGCUGAGGUACUCUCGCCGCCUACGACACCCUCCAGCACCAUCACCAUGUUGCACAACCGCCCCUCCUCCUCCGCCGACGCCUUCAACUCCUCCUCACAACAGUAUCCGCAGACUUCACCACGCCUCGGCCAACAGCCUGCCCGCGGCAUGUACAAUGCACAAAACGCUGGCUUCAGGAGCACUACCACUGCUCCUGUGCAGCCGUAUGCCUUCCAGAGCACACCAAAUCUGCGGCAGGAGACGCGGAGUGUCUCCAACCCAUCCCCACACGGAGCCAUUGGCAGUCAGCGACAUGCUCAUACCCAAUCUCAGCAGUCUGCGUCCACUUCCUCGACAGCAUCGUCCGACGCCUCUACCGUGCCCUCAGCAAAGGACGAUUCUGUCAUAGGCUCGCGGAAUAGCUCUCUGAUCAAUCUGUCCGCCAGCAUGCCAGAUUUGUCUCUGACCAACUUCGACCAGCCUACCAAACCAUCGCCGAAUCGAUAUCGUCGACCGGAAGCCAAGAAGGCUGAAUCUGGAAACACGACCCCUAAAGCCACAACGCCCACCACAUCUGCGGCGCCAUCUGGGUCAGGCAUGGCCAGUGUCGGUCAUCUGCUCCAGCAAGUACCUGUUCCACAGCGUCAGGGAAGUUUGGAUGAUAUGGCAGUGAAGACUGGCACAUCCGAGUCCGCCAAGCGAUAUAGACGCCGCAGCGCGAACAACAUUGAUACUGCUGCGUUGCAAGCAACAACUGGUGCACAGAGGCCUUCUUCCAGCGCUGGCGCUACUUCUGCACCCACGACUAUCAGGCCCGUGUCUUUCCAUUCGCGCUCGGGCAGUGACGAAAGCCGCUCUUCGCAGAGGAAAGCUGAGCAACCUGAAAACGUUAAGCCGACUGGCCUCCGACCGGUCAAUGUGCCUCCGCGUACAUCUUCGGAAGCACACAAGGCAGCCGACCGGCGCAGCAAAGCACCUUCACCUUUGUCCAAGGAAACGGAGCAAGAAACCACACCUGCCAGCUCACCGCAAAAGCCUAAGACAUAUGCUGCGGCCGCCCAAGCCGCCGUAUACGCACCAUCUCCUGCGGCGCAGCAGCUUGCCGCGGUGUCCGAUAAGGACCUCAAUAAAGGCAUGAAGUCACGGUUACGUCGCGCCUUCUCCUUUGGCAGUGCUCAAGAGCUUCGGAGAAGUGCCGCGGAGAACAACAAUGCAAUACACGAUGCUGCUGCUCAACACGCACAGCACACCAGGGAACAGCAUCAGCAACAGAUUGAUGAUGAGCUUGAUGCCGAACAACAGGCAAUUGCUAGACAGCAAGAGGCGGCGGGACUUGGAAACAGCAUUUAUGCUAACACUGCGGUGGCCUUGGCUGGCUCGACCGACAACAUAUCCAUUUCCUCUACCGCCUCCUCUGCCUCCAUGAUGUUGAGAAAGAUGGGCCGCGGGGCCAAGAAAGGUGCUAGGAGCAUCAAGGGACUAUUCCGCCCCAAGUCGGUCAUUGGUGUGCCUGCUGCAGACGGUCCGAUUUCACAGGGCAAUGCGACCGUCUCACCUAGUGUGGGAGGCGUGUCAAUGGUCACUGUGGAAGCAGAAAGACAAAAGGUGAAUGUCGACGCACACCCCGCGGACAAGCAUGGGGUGACUGGCUUCCCGAAGUUGGAGCGCAACUCCAUCGAUGCAGCUAACAAUGCUGGAUUGGGCCUGCCUCAAGCACGAGGUUCUGCCGACCGUUCAGAUUCACUCUCUCGUCGAAGCAUUGUGGGCAGUGAUAAAGACCGCGCGGAAGUUCUCGCGGCUGUAAAGAAGGGUAUUCUCAAGCGAACUGGCACAUCGUCGCCCAGUGGUUCGCCAGUCAUCCGUCCCAAUGACGCUGCAAGUGUGCCAACAAUCUCUGAGAGCCCAGCAUCAAGCAUGCCCAGCACUCCAAAGGACGGCCAGAGCAGGACCGAGUCCAUGAAGAAUGCCACGAAUGGUGACUAUUUCAGCCCUCGACUGGUGUCAAUGGCGAAGAGCAUGCCGAAUACUCCUAACGGGAGUGGUCGAGGCAUUAGCUUUAGUCCACGGAUCCAAUUCCACGACGUAUGGUCGAGCACCGAGUAUGACCGCCGAGGCGAGAUCGCCACUUGCAACCGCCUCACGCCAAUGCUCGCACAACAAAUCAAAGAGGAGCUCAACACUUUCAAAAUGGAAAUGGAAGUGCACGAAAUGAGCAAGCCUCACACACACUUUUUCUAACGACAUGACCCAAAAGUUGGCGGACACGAAGUACGAAACGCACUUAUGGAGCGAUAUCACAGCCUCUUCAUCUGCACGCCGCACGGUGCAUAUUUCCUUUUCUGGAACUCGGCCCGGAAGUGAUAGGAUAUCAUCUAAUCUUUUUUCGACAUGGGAAGCAAUUGGGAGAUCAUUCGCGAGGGCGUCCUGGGCACCGUUUCAAGAGCGGCUUGUGGUGUGUGUGCAGAAUACGGCGUUCUUCUUGAGCGGGGACAUUGGUUCUUACUGUCUUGCUACUUGGGUUGAGGUCUUCUUUGACACUUUGUUUAUUGUCUCCUCUGGAUUAGCGACUGCAUUUGCUUGCACUACACCAGACCAAUGGAGGAAGCAGUGGUGAGGAAGAAGAAGAAAUUCAGAAACAUCGCCAUUUUCAACCUUUGGUCACAUCUCCACACCAUAUGUUUCUCUCCCUCGCUUUCGAGGUUAUCACUAUUCGAUACCAGGACGACCGUCAGUAUGAGAGGGCUUUGGGCUGCACCCCUGGCCUGGCGGAAAACUCUGCUGGCAGCGGCUGCGGGUUGGAAUUCCAAGGACCAACCAACCAUUGUUGUUGUUGAUGGUACACUUUGAUUGACUAGAUGAAGGGAAGGGUCAAGAUGAAUGGCAUGGACAUGGCACAUCGUUUCGAUGGGUCUCUCCAAUGAAGGGAUUGUUUAUGUUGUGUAUAUUCAAUGGAAUGCCAGACGG